GUCGGCUGCGAGCCACUGGUGUCCCGUGACUGGUGUUUCAGUGUUAGGAAAACACAACUCUAGAUGACACCUCCAGUGAAUAAAAAGCAAAUGGAUUACAAACUGUUACCUUAAUAAACUCAUUUUAGGGACUGGUUACACAUUUGGAUUUACAUCUGGAUUAUAUGAUGACAGGGGAUUAAGGAUGUUUCAAACCAGCUGAUAUGCCUAUAUAUAUCUACUUAUAUAUUUACUUUAAAGUAUACAUAGAUGUGAUAUUGUGCAAAAACUGAUUGGCAGUUUACUGUUUGAACUCAUAUGAAUUGAAGUUUCACAGUGAAAUUAUAACGAGUGUGCAAACUUGAGCCUGUUACCACACUUAAGCGAACAGAAGUACACUGUUUGCAUUGGGAAAAAAUUAUACCAAAAGAGCAUUUCUAGCAUGAAUUCAAAUUUGAGUUUGACCACAACUAUAAGAAAGAUUAUCAAUAAAUAAAAGCGUUUUGUCACACUUUUGUUAGGCCCAUUCAGUCAACAUAGCUAUCGGUUCGCCAAAACCAAAAGCCAGAAAACAAGUCCAGAACUUUGACUAUCUGAUGAUUUCCGAUCUAUUUUUGGACAAGAUGUCAACAUUUCCAGGAAGGAUUCCCGAGCUUCCAGGAAUCAUGAUUGACAAACUAGAGGCAGAUGCUAGCCUGAACGCUUUCUUCAUUUCACAUGACCAUGCCGAUCACAAACGAGGCAUAACGGACCCAAAUUUUCAAGAAUUCAUGAAGUGCAAAACUUCUCAGCGAAAGAUCUACGUGUCACCGAUUACGGCUCAGAUGCUACUCAAUCGUGAGGAGCUGACGUUUCUUCAUGAGUUCAUCAUUGCGCUUGAGCUGGAUACACCUCACGAAAUUCGCAUUCGGACGUCUUGUUCAGCUGUUCUAUCACAAUCUGACAGCCCACUCGUUGGUCGAAACUUUUCGAUCAAUGAGUCCGAAACGAUUGAGUAUACGCUUACCGUGACAUUGACUUCUGCCGAACAUAUCAUGGGCUCAGUGAUGUUCUUAUUCGAAAAAACUAUUGAACCAAAAGUUGCAAAUCCACUGUUCCGAUGCCUCUACACAGGUGACUUCCGUUUAACAAUUGAUGAGAUACGGUCCAAGAGGUGUCUUCAAGAUCGAAGCCGUAGCGGUGUCCCAUGUGCAAAAGUUUUUGACGCUGUAUACUUCGACUCAACGUGGUGCACACCUCGUAACCUGUGGUCCAUUCCCCGACGAGAGGAUGUUCUCGAGGAGCUUGGUCCCAUCGUUAAACGCCAUUUGGCUGCUAAGGCGGAAAAUAUUGUUUGCCUGUACACCAACUAUAAUAUAGGAUACGAGAACCUUCUGAGAUGGUUGGCCAACUUCUCUGAAUCGAAAAUUCAUGUUAACGAGAGUAGGUUGAUGCUUUAUAGAGGCUUUCCGGGAAUACAGGAUAUUUUCACUACCAAUACCGACUGCCGUGUACAUUUCUGUCAGGAGGGACCACCUCAAACGUAUAGAAGCUGCGAGCGUGUAAGACAUGGUUUUAAAACUACAGUGUUACGUCUAAAGGCUUCGUAUAUGUGGUUCAUUAAAGCGUGUUAUAUUAAUGCUGAAACUAGUACUUGCAUGAGGAACCCGCGCUUUCCAAAUGAAUACAAUGUGUGCUGGUCAACGCAUUCGAGUCUUGAGGAAAUAAUGGACUUACUUGACUAUUUAAAUCCUUCCCGGGCUUGCCCAAACGUUGUGGAUAAGAGAACUAACGAAACGGAGAUUUUAGAUUUGCUCCGCAGACGAGCUACAACGCCCAAAGCAUGGCACCCCAAUCAUCCGCUCGACUCGUUUGAGCCACCUCAGCUACGAAUACAAGCGAUUUUUCCAAAAAAAUUAUCACCAAAGAAAUUUAUGCUCGACUCCUCUGUCAGGCGAGAUAUGUCUUCAAGUUCAGACGAAGAUUCACCUGAGGAAACUUUGGAAGAGCGGUUACGGAAAAAGGGCAGACUGGCUGUAACUCCUAAACCGCGAAAAACUAUCACUUUGGAUCAUUUACGACCCAGUUAGUUUUAUGCUUUAAUCAUUUAAAAUUAUUUGUGUGACAAUAUAUAAGGUGUUCUCAGUCGACUGAUGAUCUUUUAUAUUGUGAAGAGGCUAUUUUAUUCUGCAAUCGCUGUUUUUUCAUAAAACUGCAAUUUAAAAUUUGUUUUUAUAUUCCUUCAUCUACAUAGAAGCAAAAAUAGUAUUGAUUGUUGGUAAUUAUUGCAAUGAAUAGUAAUGAAUAAUUAUUGAUUACCAUCAUCUGCCGUAAACACUAUUAUUUAGUGUUAGUAAAUGUUUAUUCACUGUUUAUAUUAGAGGUUUUAAAAAGCACAAAAUGGUAACUUUUUCAGUAUUAUAAAUUUUUGAACCUUCAUUCAGCUUUAUCGUAGAUAUUUACUUUAUUUCUUAACAAACAAGACAUGUACAAUCUACUGUUUAAGAUGUACUCGGAAUGUUAUAGAUACAAAACGAAUGUCUCUAAAUAAUACAUAGAAAGCCUUUAAGGGGUUUUUAUAGAAUUGCGGUAUGUCACUAGUGGUGUUCGGAAAAACGGGGAUUUUUAUGUACUUAGAAAGUGAUGCGGAACCUACAUGAGAACUUAUAAUAUUGGAGCGCUCUAAUGAAUAUAUUUGCCGUAGAUAUCUUAAGGACUUACGCGUGACGAUUUUAUCAAAUAGGUAUGCCAUUUUCAAAUAAAAGCAGUGAAUCCGGUGGAAGUAAUUUGCUCUUAACACGGACAAAAAGCCAUGUCGUUUCUCAUUGACAGUUUUACCAACUCUUGAGUAUAGGGGCCUCAAAAAUGGGUUGUGACUCAUUUACGCACGGUAUUUUUAUGAUUAAGUGUAAUGUAAUUCUGUUUUAGGGAAAAGAAGCUUUAUCUUUGUUAUAACAUAGUAUAAAUCAGUAAUAUAUGGUGAGUGUCUUUUAAAUCGAAGCACUUUGUAAAUAUUAUAUUUCCCUAUUAUAACAGACAAAUCCGUAUCAGCUAUCUGUGUAUGGCAGAAAGAAGACAAAGCUGCAGUAGUAGUCAAACAUAUAAGAAUAUACCUAAGAGGUAUACAAGUCAAGCGUUGCUCUAAAAUUCUGACGAGAACGGGUACAUAUAAUCUCUACUAAUUAUACCACAGUACAACAUGAGGGAUACAUCUCAAAUAUUGUGUUGUACAACGAUUUAUUUCAAGUUUGCUACACCGAAUGAUCGCGUUACAAUGUCAAUGCAACCUAAGUCUCGAGACGUUAUGAAAUAACCAUUGAAGCCAUUAACGGAUAAGCUAUCUAUGUUGUAUCACUACAUAUUGAAUAGGCUACUCACCCUUAGAUGUGUUAAACAAGAAUAAUAAGUUUAAGUGAUAAUCCAUUAAUUCUUUAAAAAUCGACUAUUGACAUAUAAAAUUCGCGGAGACAUUUAAUGAUUUACCGGAAGCGAUUAGUCGAGUUAUUAGGUGUUAUGAUAUAUGUUAACUCGUGGGUAUUCUCGAUUAAGAUUUAACCAUAUGAAACGUGUGCCAAUGACAUAAAACUGUUCCAUUAAAAGAGUAGAUUAAAAAUUAUAUAAUAAUAUUAUUCAAAUAAGUUUUCUCAUCUACGUAUAUGUGACUAUAUUAUAUAUACAUUGUAUGUAGAAGGUAAAAAUGUCAUCAUUAAUAUUUGAAAUUGAAUAUAUGAAAAAAAUGUAAUAGACUGAAAUAUUCAUUUCAGUAGUCAUUUUCAUAAUAUGUUUUCCCUCUAUUGAUCUAUUUUAUCAUAUUACCUAAAAGUUCGAUAUAUAAAUGGUAGGCAAAAUUUUAAACAAACCAUAAAGAUCCAAAGGAAUAUUGGUUGCUGAGCUUUAUGGAAUGAUGGGCGUUUUUUCUUGACUGAUUUUA